AUGACACUGGCCGCGUAUCAAUAUUACCUCAAGUAUAGGAAUGGCCUGAACAUGGAAGAAGCAGAUGCGUUAUCGCACCUGCCGUUAUCCGUACAAGAGAGAAGGGACGAACUAGACUGUUUAGCCGUGUUCGAUGCGACGCCCCUGACUGCAGCGCAAGUUGCAAUGGAAACUAAGCGAGACCCGCUUCUCAGUGCGGUCGUCCAGUAUGCACUAGCCGGUUGGCCAAGCAAGUACCCCCAAGAAAUGCACGCAUUCUUUGUGCGCAGAGACCAGCUAUCAGUGGAACAGGACUGUUUGACAUGGGGCUACCUGGUCAAUGUCCCGAGGAGCUUGCAGCCUGCCGUGAUCGCGCUAUUACACGAAGUUCAUCCAGGCAUGACGCGGAUGAAGAUGUUAGCAAGGUCAUACGUUUGGUGCCCUGGUCUAGACAAAGAUCUAGAGAGCACAGACGGCGUAAAUUUGCUGGUGCUGGUCGACACCUACUCGAAAUGGGUGGAGGUUUUCUGUAUGACUACAACGACUACUACAAGCACACUGAAGAGGUUGGACGCCCUUUUUGCAUGGUAUGGUUGCCCUGAAGAAUUGGUAACAGACAACGGGCCACAGUUCGCCUCUGAGGAAUUUCAAGAUUUCCUGCGACAGCGAGGAAUCAGACAUACUCGAGCACCUCCAUACCACGCUGCUUCCAACGGAGCUGCAGAGAGACUGGUAAGGACCACCAAGAGUGCGCUCUUCAAGGAAGCUCUGGAAGACAUGAUAAUGGGAGCGAAGCGUAGAGUACGAGAGCGCAUUAACAACAUUCUGAUGCCCUACCGAAACACGUCAAAUUCGGUAACGGCAAAGGCUCCAGUGGAGCUUUUCCUGAAGCGGUUGCCCCGCAUUAGGUUGUCUCUCGUGAAGCCGAACUUCGCAAGUGACAUGGCAGACCGUCAGAAAAGGAAUACUGACCGUCGUAACUGCGAAAGAGGACCGGCAGACCUGUUCAGCGUCAACGGCAACGAAAGGCGAAGCAGAAUCAUGGCAGGAAGGGAUCAUCGAAUAAGUGGUUAG